AUGAUCGGAGGCUGCUGCGUGUGCUCCGACGAUCGAGGUUACGAUGAGAAUCCCAUCGUUUACUGUGAUGGACAUGGAUGCAAUGUUGCAGUUCACCAAGCUUGUUAUGGAAUCAUCACAGUGCCCAGCGGACCAUGGUUCUGCAGGAAAUGUGAAUCUCAGGAAAGAGCUGCAAGAGUGAGAUGUGAGUUGUGCCCACACAAGGAAGGAGCAUUGAAAAGAACUGAUGCUGGAGGCUGGUGUCAUGUUGUAUGUGCUUUGUACAUUCCCGAGGUUUCAUUUGGCUCCAUUAACUCUAUGGAACCAAUCAUCUUGAAAAAAGUCCCCCAAGACAGAUACAACAAGGUUUUCGUAUUCAUCAUUUCAAAUUAA